CCCACUGAACCAAACCGAGCGGAUCUAACCUACUUAUCUGCGGUGAAGCGGCAUCUGCGGCUCUGCGGUGACUGUGUGUGUGUGUGUAAGAGAGAGAGACGGUGGGUCCGGUCCGGUCCGUGUGCCGCGGUGUGUGUGUCGGUGUCGGUGUCGGUGUGUGUGUGUGUGUGUGUGUGUGUGUGUGUUUCCAGCGGUGCACCGGGAGAGAGAGCCGCUCUCUCUCUCACCAACAUUUGUCUUUAAUGACCGGAUUUGUGUUUUGCUGCGCGAUGUACAUGGACAGAAGCAGAGGUCCCUCCUCCUCCUCCAGUCCCAGCCUGCUGACUAAGAGUCUACCUCUGGAGCCGUCCUGUUCACCGUGCGGUCACCAGGUGGCGCUGGAUGCUGACACUCCACAGCAGCCGACCUCUGACCUGGGGCUCGUCUCCUCCCCCUCAGACCCCACCUCCCUGGAGAGAGGGGCUCCGGGAAUGAAGCAACAGAGCUCGGCUAGUGAGCCGAGACCGUCGGAUUUAACUCCACUGAGCAGGAGCAGAGCGCCCCCACCUGGACCCAAACCUCAGGUCCCUCCGAAGCCCCCCCACCUUCAGCAGGCGACGCUGUCGCAACCACGACCCAGGGUUCCAGGGAAGCCCCUCCCCCCUCCUCCACCAUGUAGACCACUCCCAGCAGAUCCCAGAGGGGGGCGUGUUGCGCCCACACGCGCCGAUGGCACCGCGUCCCCCACAUGUGUCCUGUCACUCAUCGAGAAGUUUGAACGGGAGCAGAUCAUCGUAGUUCCUGACAUCACUGGGGGGGCGUUAUGUCCCCGCCUCCCUGACCCGCCCUCCCCUUGUCCCUCUUCACCACCGUCCACCCUCGCUCCUCCCUUACCUGACGAGGCGCUUCCCUCUCCGGUCAAAGGUCGUGAUGACAUCACAGCGGGGGAUGAGCAGGGUGACCCACAGGCUGAUGACGAUGAUGAUCAUCAUGAUGAUGAUGAUGAUGAUGAUGAUGAAGAUGAAGAGCUGACAGCAGCUUGUCUCGAUGACGUCCAUCAGAAGCGUUUGUCCAUGGAGUCGGGCUGCAGUGCCUCAGAGAAGCUCCUGGAAGAGAAGGUGGUUGCCGUGGAGAUGAGGGAGCAACAACAACAACAGCAGCCACCGCUGGACCAAUCAGAGCUUCCAUCUGAGCUUUUGUCCCUCCCCUCCUCGCAGACGGACGGGAAGCUGGCGAAUCGGGACAGUGGGAUCGACAGCAUCAGUUCUCCGUCACACAGCGAGGAGCUGUGCUUCGCUGGCAUUGAUGAUGGGGGUGUGGUCUACUCUUGCAGCCCCGCCCUUCUGCCCCGUCUCUCCAGCUCAUCCUCAUAUGCUGGUGAGGGAGAGGGGGAGGAGGCGGGCGUGAGGGGAGCGGCGAGGAGGAGGAGGGACUUCUCUGAGGAGGGUGACAGUGACCUGGAGGAGGAGGAGGCGGAGCUUACGCUAGUGCUGCCUCCACCCACAACAACAGAAAGACAGGAUUCUGCUGAGAUGUCCGUCCAGCAACGGGUUUUCAACAUCGCCAACGAGCUGUUGCACACUGAGACCGCCUACGUCUCUAAGCUCCACCUUCUGGACCAGGUCUUCUGUGCCAGACUCCUGGAGGAGGCUCGCUCUCGCUCAUCGUUCCCCUGUGAUGUGGUUCAGGGAAUCUUCUCCAACAUCUGCUCCAUCUACUGCUUCCACCAGCAGUUCCUGCUGCCAGCGCUGCAGAAGAGAAUGGAGGAGUGGGAUUCGAACCCUCGGAUCGGGGACAUCCUGCAGAAGUUGGCUCCCUUCCUGAAGAUGUACGGAGAGUAUGUGAAGAACUUUGACCGGGCCAUGGAGCUUGUCAACACGUGGACAGAGAGGUCAACUCAGUUCAAGAGCAUCGUCCAUGAGAUCCAGAGGGAGGAGCGUUGUGCUAACCUGACUCUACAGCAUCACAUGUUGGAGCCAGUUCAAAGAAUUCCUCGUUACGAGCUUCUGCUAAAAGAUUAUCUGCACCGACUACCAGAGGACGCCCCGGACUGCAGGGACGCCCAGAAGUCUCUAGAGCUCAUCGCCACAGCAGCAGAACAUUCAAACGCCGCCAUCAGGAAGAUGGAGAGAAUGAGGAAACUGUUGAAGGUCUACGAGUUGUUGGGAGGAGAAGAAGACAUUGUGAACCCGACCAACGAGCUGGUGAAAGAGGGACACAUCCUGAAACUGUCCAACAAGAACGGGACGACGCAGGACCGAUACCUCAUACUGUUCAGCGACAGGCUGCUGUACUGUGUCCCAAAGCUGCGCCUGAUUGGUCAGAAAUAUGGCGUCCGCGCUCGCAUUGAUGUGGACGGCAUGGAGCUGAAGGAGACGAGCAGCACCGCUGUGUCGAGAACCUUCCUGGUGUCAGGAAAACAGAGGUCAUUGGAGCUGCAGGCCAGGACAGAGGAGGACAAGAAGGACUGGAUCCAGGCCAUCCAGGUGACCAUUCAGAGACAUGAACAGACGAUGGAGAGCUCAAGACAUUUAACCUGUUCACUACGUGAUGAAGAGUCCACACCUCCUCACUCCCCGAGUUGUGUGGAGUUGGGGAAACGAGCUCCAACUCCGAUCAGAGAGAAUGAGGUCACUCUGUGUAUGAAAUGUCAGGAGCCGUUUAACUCCAUCACCAAGAGACGACAUCACUGUAAAGCCUGUGGACACGUGGUUUGUGGGAAGUGUUCAGAGUUUCGUGCUCGUUUGUCGUACGACAACAACCGAGCCAAUCGCGUUUGUGUGGACUGCUAUGUGACGCUGGUGGGUGUGUUUCCCUCGCCCGCCGCACUGAGCAGCAGCACACAGAGGAGGCGCUCAAUCCUGGAGAAACAGGCCUCGCUGGCGGCAGAGAACAGUGUCAUGUGUAGUUUCCUUCACCACAUGGAGAAGGGAGGGGGGCGGGGCUGGCAGAGGGCGUGGUUUGUCAUCCCUGAGAACGAGCCACUGGUGCUUUACAUCUACGGAGCGCCGCAGGACGUGAAGGCGCAGCGCAGUGUCCCUCUGAUUGGCUUCGAUGUCUCACUCCCUGAGUCAAGUGACCGCCUGGAGAGACGCCACGCCUUCAAGAUGUCCCAGAGUCAUCUGACGCUGUACUUCAGCGCUGACGGGGAGGAGCUACAACGGCGGUGGAUGGAUGUCCUGUCCAGGGCCGGGAGGGGGGAGGAGCCUCAGGUCCAACGGCCAAUCGUGGAGAGCCUAGAGGAGGAGGGGGAGGAGCUUGCAGAGAACGAAAACACAUGAUUCUAUUGGAUGAGAAAGAAUGACGAUGAAGAAGACAGGGCCUGAUGAUAGAGAUCAGUCCAUAAUGGCAACACACCCACACACACACACACACAGAACCUAUGUAUAUUUACAUUUGCAUGACUCCGCCCACUGUCGACACAACAUGACCUCUCUUUCUCUCUCUCAUGUUGCUUAACCAUAUCUGACCUGUGUCAGGUGAGCUGGGCGGAGCCUCACUCCCUCCACACCCAUGAUUCUCAGCUGCUGUCGCCAUGGAGACACCUCCAGCCACAGUUGUGACAUUGUGAAUUUAUUCGACGUCGUUCCACGUCUCUCACUGUGAUUGGUCGUUUGUUGUGAUUACAUCAUCGACCACAAAUCAGCUGACAUUUGCUGACAGACUGAACCACGCCUAUGUUUACACUCAAACAUGUGUCAGUCAGUGGAGCCUCCCUGUGGCCAGUCACAGUACUGCGGCGCUUUGUACCAGUGGUGGAGCAGGGUACUGCAACAACACAAAGAGUCAGAAGAAGACUAUAUAUAAAGUUUAACUGGAGGAGAUUUUAUACAUUCAGAUUCUAAUCAUUGACAAUAUUAAUAUAUACAUUUAUAUGCGUAUAUAUAUGUAUAUAAAAUAAGAAUUAAUGGUGUGUUCAAAAGUCUGAGCAAAGUCGGAGCAACCUCACAAACGCAAGCCUCCAAGAUGGCCGCCACUCACGUCAGUGGUGAAAACACUGAUACUUUUACUUUUUAAUUUAAUUUAUGUAAAUGGUCGCACCAUAAGAAGCAACCUGAUCAAUUAUAUAAAGUAUAUUUGAGGCUAAUGAACAAAAAAUGUUCUAUAGUUUGACUCAUGGGCACAAAACGUGCACAGGCAUUUACUGUAUAUACACAAUAUAUACAUACAUACGUGUACACACACACACACACACAGUUGAUGCAGGAAAGUAUAUUAUGAUAAUAAUUAUAUAUGUAUAUAUAUAUAUACAUAUAUAUAUAAAAACAUAUACAGUACAUAGACACAGUGCUCCUUCCAAAAACAUAAACGUGGACACACGUGAACCUCACACCGAACAAUGACCCGUCCAUCAAGAAAACGUUCUGAUGUGUGAUGUCAUCGCAGAGGUGUGUGAUGUCGUCACAGAGCCGUCUGAAAAGCGUGGACGCUGCGUCCCUCCUGAAGAAAACCGCUCAGUGUUAAGUCUGACCUGCGGAAACUCCUCAGUGAUGUCACAGCUGCUGAACUACACUUCCCAGCAUCCUCUUCUCUGAGGAGUGACCCUGCAGCUUCUCAUCACUGCCGCCCUGAAGAAACCCCUGGGAUUACAGAACUUCAUUUAAAUUUAAAUUUAAAUUUAAAUUUAAACCAAACAAUUUAUUUGUUUCAUCGUCAAUUUAAUUUAUAACUGUCAUUUAAAUUAUUUAAUAUCAUGUUUCCCUGGAAAAAUUUAAAAAGUGAAAUUUAAUAUGUCAAACAUGUUGAACAUGAGAAAGCUUCAGUUUUUAUUGUGGAGUUUAUGAAGAAAUGAUAAUUCAUAUUUUAAAAAAAAAAUCAUUGAUGAUAAAAAUAUUAACUGUGAGAUGUGAGAAGAACCAUGACCUCUGACCUCCUUGGGUCAUGGACUCGCUGAUGUUCAGUUUAAGAAGAGACUCGUUGUUUUAAUGAUGCUGUUGUCGUUGUUGUUUAUUAAUCUUGUUGUUUACGUGUUUAUGAAUCUGCCUUGUGUUUGUUUGCUUGAUGCAAAAAGAAAUAGUCAAGACUUUUGUAAAUAUUAAUUUAUUCUCACGUGGCCCCUCCCCCCCAGUCAUGUGACUGUGCAGUGGUGAAUUGUUCCUCCCUCAGUUAGAGCCCAGCAGGCGGCCAUGUUGGCUUGACUAGCUGAAGGUUCAAUUCUCUGUCACACUGUGUUUACUUUGCAUUAGCCUAGCGUAGCAUCAAGAUGGAGGCAGGAGUGAGCAUUCAUUUAGCUUAAACCAGCUAACUGAGACAACUCAGGCUAAUGAUGCUAACCGGGGUUAGUGGGUUAACCUUUCUGCUACGGCAUGUGUACUUCUCAUUUCUGUAACACCUAGACCGUUUGUGAUAUCAACAAAAUUCAAAAACUAUGGACUGCUGAUCUGUCCAGGGUGUGACUCCGCCUUUCACCCUAUGUCAGCUGAGAAUGGCACAGCAACCCCACGACCCUCAUGUGGAGGAUAAAGUGGUAGAAGACAGAUAGAUGGAUACCGGAAAGCAGAGAAAUCGAGCUUUGCGCCAAUAUACUUGUCAUUACGGUUGACAACCGCGUAACUCACUCACUCAUUGAACACUUUUUGACAAUUCUACAGCCAUGAAAUUCAAAUAAAUCUAGGCGGCCUGAUUAUAAUGGCGGUCAUAAGAGGGUCAAAAUGAUUUGACUGUGCUGUUAUUUAAUUAGGCUAACAGUUCAGCUCCUCAUCCAGUCUUUGUGCUAAGCUAGGCUAAACAAAAUCUGGACAGUGAAUUUCUCACAGUGUUGGACUGUGUGGUGCUCAGUGUGUGUGUGUGUGUGAUUGUUACAGCGUGUUUUUAGCAUGGUUUUAGCGUGUCCAGCAGACUCCGCCCACUGAGGUAACACCUUCAUCAGGUGAAAGAGACGGUUCCUAGUUCUGGUUCUAACUGGUUCUGAUCAGCGCAGCUUCAGUGACAUCACAUUCCAGUUAGCGGUGUGGCUUACACUCAGUUUUAAAUGUUGCUGAACAGUGGAACGGCUUCAAAUGUUUGAUUUGGUUGAACAAAAAACUAAUUUACAGCCAGUUCAAACCAGUCAGAGCGAGACACUUCAGACCAGUUUUGAGCAGUUUUUUUACUUCCUGUUUGUGCUGAUUGUGCCAAGGUUUGUGUUCCUUCAUCACAGUGAUGUCAUCAUCCUGCCCCGUCAUUAAUGGCUGCUGUUACAUGGGUUGCUGAGGUCAGGGGUCAGAGGUCAACAUUUCUGAUUUGAGCUGUGUUAUUAUGCUGUUACCAUGGCAACAUUGGGAGGUUGAAAGAAAACAAAUACUAAUACUAAUAUUUCAGUUUGAAGAUGAGGAACAUAUGUUUUGACUCAGCUGUCAAAGAACCAAUCAGAGGAGUACGAGGCCAUGAUGGCAUGUGACCACAGUGACCCGCCCCUUAGUGGUGAGAGUCUAGUUACCAUGACAUCCUGCAGGUGUAACAGCAGCAUGUCUGUGCUCCCUCUGCUACUUUGUUGUUAUGGAUUAUGGAUUGAGUGAUUGAUUGAUUGAUUGAUUGAUUGAUUGCAGGUUAUUGGUUAGUGGCCGGCCACUGCCUUCCAUCCUGUCUGUUACCCAUCAUGCCUUUCUGUACGAACAUGUUUAUGAGGAUACACAAGAAAUAAAAACAAAACUGACUGUAAAAA